GAGCUCUGGAGAGACUUCCUUUCCUGGGCAGAAGCCGGCGGUGCUCAGGGCUUGGAUCAAGUGAGGAUUGCCUUCGUAGCGAAGGACGAUGGCCCAGUGCGUGGGCUCGUCGCUACCCGAGAGGUCACCUCUCCCAUCAUUUUGCCAAGAUGCCUGCUGCUCACGGCUUCUUCGGAGUCGGAGUUAGGGAUAAAGCUGGCCUUGGAGAAGAAGAGGAUGCUCAGCGGUUUGGGGAGCUUUUGGACUCCUUGGAUCCGGAUUUUGCCAGACAAGGCAGAAUUGCAGCAAUACCACAUAGCGUAUGCAUCCGAGGAGCUCCUGGAUGCCUUCCACGAGCUGCCGGUGGUCGCAAGAACCCGCGCCUGGCAUCAAAGCCUCGCGGAAAACUGGCGUCAAGAGGCUGAGAAGUGGCAGCAACAGGCCGAAGAGAUCGGACUCACCGCCUUGACCUUCGACGACUUCUUCUGGGCCUGCACCGUCGUAAAGACACGCGUGUACUUGCCUCCUCCAAUGUAUUGCUUCAUGCCGCUCGCUGACAUGAUGAACACCGAACCGGAACCCAACAUGGACGUGUAUGACAGUUUGGAAGUUGAUGCCCCCGGCCGCACGGAGUACUACGGGAUCCUCCUGCGAGAUGGCUGCCGUGUCAGCGCGGGGCAGGAACUGACGCAGGCCUAUCGACCCGUCGACAACUCCGAGCGAUUGUUCAGGGGCGGCUUCUUGCUGAAGGACAACCCGGUGGCGGUUCCGCGGCUGGCCAUAAGCGUACCAGCGUCGGAGGUCUCUCCAGGCUCGCCUCUGGAGCUGUCGCUUCGACGCCUGGUCGCUGAGCACGCAACUGCCCCAGAACAGGUAGGCGAGACGGAGGAACGGUGCGAUGCAGAUGGAGGUAGCAAGACGUGA